UGGAUGGAACACAGAUUACUGCCGUUUGUUUUUGUUAUGUAAAAAUAUAAAAAUAAAUAAGGUGGUUGAUUUCAUUCAUUCAAGAUUUAAUUCCAUAAAAAAACAACAGUCAACUGAUAGGUAAUAAUGAAUCUGCCAGUCCGUCGAAGAUCAUUAAGAAGACAUUCUACAUCAACUUUACAAAAUGUUAACAAAAAUUCGAAAGCAAUAACAUUUGACGCAGGAUCUGCUAUAGGUAAUUGUAUAUUGAAUGGCCGUAUCAGCAAGAAAAGAUUAUCGAUUGAUGAACAAUCAUUACACCAAGAUGAGAAUAACAAAGUUGUAAAAAACCAGAAUAAUAAACUUAAUAGAACUACCAUUCUAAGUAAAAAUCAAAGCUGUGAAUUACUCCCUCUGAGGCCACUUGCAAGACUUUCGGAAUUUCCAGACUGUGACAAGAGCAAUAAAUUUUCUUCAAUAAGAUCGAGCGAUGUAUAUGAAUCACUAAUGGAUAUCCAGCAGACAUUAGAUGAAAUUGAACCUGAUGUAAGGAGACGAAGUAAAAGACUUUGUGUAGUGAAUAAACAGAAUUUAAUGCCCUUAAAAUCUAGUCAAGAAAAUGUUAAUUGUUUGACAGUUCUUAAUAAUGGAUUAAGACAAAAUCGAAGGAGGUCAACUAACUUUGACGAAGAGGAGUUUGAUGUUAAACCAAUCUCAAAGAAGAAAAGGAGAAAACUGUCUAUAGACGACACACUCCAGUACAAUAAUGAUCUCUUGUACUCCUCAGUUACUGGUGAACCAACUAACUCGAUAAAUAAAAUGGAAACACAAAAUUCGCUAUCAGGCAGUAAUGAUUUAAUGGAAAUUAAAAAAUAUUACCUAGAUAAAUCCAUUCCUAAUACGACAUGCUUAGAAACCAUAUUCGAAGAAAACUCAAAUUCAAAUAAGGCUAUGGGUAAACGUAAAAAAAAGAGGUUUAUCCCAUUUCCAGAAAUAAUAGAAAAAAAAACAAGAAAAAAUAGCGAAUGCAUGAAGAAGUUAAAUUCUAGACGAAAAAAGUCAGUUGAUGUUGCUCUGAAUGGUAUACAAGGUGAUGAUUUUGAUUGACUGUUAUAUGUAACCUUUAUGUGCGAUUGUCCCUUUAUUGGGUGUAAUACUUGAAUGGUUUUGUUCAGUUUAUUUGAUAAUUUUCUAUUUAUAUUAUUUUUAAAUAAAAUAAAAUUUUUCUUGCAAA